UAACGUAGCCCGCUAGCUAGCUUGCAGCAACUCUGCUCUGGAUCCCGAUGGACAACAUAAGCAACCACCGGACCUCAGCACUGGAGUCUGUUCUUGCUGGAGCGGGUGUCCACGUCAGAAAUAGAGAUGAUGUCAUGCAGAAGGUGGCCGCAAUAGCGCAGGAUGGACCAGAUAAAUUGCUAUUUCUCUCAGAUUUUGACCAGACGCUGACGCGCUACUGGGUCAAUGGAGAGAGAGGCUUCACAUCUUACAAGGUUGUUGAAAAAUCUCCGCUAAUGUCAGAGGACUAUCGGGAAAAGGCCCGGCAACUGGCUGACAAGUAUCACCCAAUCGAAGUAGCAGUGGACAUGAGUCUAGAGGAGAAGACACAACACAUGGUCAAAUGGUGGGAAGGUAACCACAACCUGAUGAUUGGAGAAAGAAUUAAGAGGAGCCAGCUGAAAGAAAUGGUAGCAAAUGCAAACAUUCAGUUCAGGGACAAAUGUGAAGUGCUUUUCAGCGAGUUGGACUCCUUCAACAUACCUCUGCUUGUCUUCUCGGCAGGACUCGGAGACACACUACUGGAGGUGUUCCGGCAGUUCUCGGCGGUCAGACCCAACCUGCACGUGGUGUCCAAUAGACUGGUAUUCGACGAGGCUGGAGUUGCCGUCAGCCACUCCCACCCCUUCGUCCACAGCUACAACAAGGGAAAGUCCCCAGAGCAACUGGCUGCUGUCGAAUCUUUCAUAGUGGGUAGGAGUAAUAUCAUUCUGGCAGGGGACUCGCAGGGAGAUCCAAAAAUGGCAGACAGUCUCCCUCAUACCCACCAUGUCCUCAAGAUAGGGUUCCUCAAUCAUGAUGUGAAAGACCGACUGGACCUGUAUAUGGAUAUCUAUGACAUAGUUCUUAGCGGGGACUGUGAUAUGACAGUGAAUCUCGGAAUUUUUCCGGCUCAUCUUCACAGAGAGAAGUACAAAAUCUAAGAGCCACAAGAACACACCUUUUCUCUUCCAAUUUUGGCUUUAUCUCUCUGCACAAACUUCUGGGUACAAUUUGCUAGUCUAAAUAAUGUCUUGAUCAUUGAUCCGUCUUAUAUAAUGUUAUCAC